UCUCUGGCUGGACCCCCAUCCGUCUCUCUCGACUUGAAUGGACUUUCGACGAGAGUCCGCUCGACAUGCACCGAGCCGUCGUCAGCUCCGACCGGUAGACCUGACCACGAGGACCUUGACCAAACUCGCCCUCGGUUUCCUGGGCCUCGUAUACGUGCUACUCCAAUGUCAAAAGUCGUCUGUCAUCCGACGAUUCCUGGACCACUCCUCGGAAAGGCUGCACGGAUUCGGUCCGACCGACGACCCUACUUACCACCCUCGCAUCUCGAUCGUGGUCGUGUGGACAGGCGAAGAGCGACCCAACUACCUCACAUGGUUCCUCGAUAGCAUCGCUCGUCAACCCGACCAGGUCGAGCUGGUACUGAUCCAGCGGGGGAACCACCACCUGUCAAAUCUCGUCGGAUCGUUCAUUCCAGGAUCACGGAACAUCAAGCUGGUGCAAAUGUCGGACGAACGAUUCUGGCAGCUCCAUAGCGACUACCUAUGCGGCCUCUGGAACGGCUGUUCCGAGGGAGAUCGUCGGCGGAUAGCUCAUCACUUGCGAGCUAUGGGACGGCUCGACCCGCAAAGCUACUCCCUGUCCAUUCUGCGGGGUGAGGUCUUUGCUCCCUACAUCCACCCUUCUGCCGAGUGGUGGGGCUGGUCAGACGUCGACACGGUCAUCGGGAGCCUUGAACGCAAAUUCCCCUGGGACAUCGCCGAUCGCUACGAUGUCAUCCUUCCGACCCAUCGGAACACGGACAAGGAACGUUUGGUGUUCAUGCGCGGCCAUUUGGCCUUUUUCCGCAAUACCCCUUUGGCGUCCGCCAAGAUCACCGGUCAUCCCGACUUUCGAUCGAAAGAGGCCUGGUUGAAUAGUCACGAUUUCCACGACAAGCAAGGCUGCCGGAAGCACAAGACCCUAGGCUGUUCUCCCAAAGAAGCCAGCUACUCGAGCUACAUCAUCAACAACCCCUCGAUCAACUUUUUGACCCUGGACGGGCUCGCUCAGAAACACUACCUCUUGUUCUCGAGCCAUGGCACGUAUACGAUAUCGGGCGGCCUGGAAGAUCCGAAAAAGGCAAGGGACAUUGCCGAUCGGAUCCGUGCCGACAAACGGCCAUCAUCUGCAUUAUCCGGGAGACCAGCGACAUUCUCCACCGACGCCCUCGUCCGCCCCGUCGAGCUCGUCCAGGGCAACUUUUCGUCCACGCUCUGGUUUCACGAUCGUCAUUCGACGCACUACGUCCCCCGUUUCGGCGAUGGCGAUCCCAGUUUCAGGAACGAUCGAUACAUCACCUACCUGCACCGGCUGGAUGGAUACGUCGAAGAAAGGCUCGAGCCCGUCUCUCGAACAGAAGAUCAGCCGGACCUGAUCGAGGAAUGGUUGUACUUGCAUUACCAGGAGGAAAAGAAGAAAGAUUGGUUCAAGCAGAUCCCGCAUCGGUCGAAUAGUUCGUCAUCUGACUGGAUCGUGUUGACCGAGGGGCAUGAUGCGGUGGUUUCAGAUCCCUACCAGAUAAGGACGGGAUAUAAGGUGCCCUAUACGAAGGUGCUCCGGCAACGGUCUCGUCCGCUGUAACCGAGUCGACGAAACAGCAAAUAUCUGUAUCGAGUUCACAACGCCGUCUUGUACACUCUGUCGAUGCCACUCGCCUCGAUUAAGAGCAACAAAGAGCAAGGCACGCUUGUCCACCGUCGCAAAGUCGACUCGGACCGCCCGUUGCGCCUCGUCUAGACGUGGCAUCGCUGUGAACAAGGAUAUACCCAAGUCGCAUGUGUGUUAUGUAGUUUUAAUGUACCCACGAGCCGACGCAUUCGAGGGCAGCAGAAGCUCUCGGGAUCAACGCUAAGCGGCAUCCGGAUUGCGAUGACAUCUGACC